GACAGCCUGUUAGGAGUGGGAAGACAGGGAGACAGAUCACAAGCGUCCCUAUCGAUUUCGGUACGCAUCGUGAGGAGGUCUUCUAAUUCCAACCAUGAAAUCUGCAGACGAGCUCCCCUUGGUUACCCAGGCGAGCUGUCAAGUUGCAGAUACUAGGUCCUCCAGCAGCAUCCGAGUCAAGGCUUCAUGUGGUCACAUCACAGAGCCCCUGAGUCUAAAAGCCUGGGCUAAAUCUCGGAUAGAUACGGGAAUCUGUUCUUUUCCAUGUGAGACCUGUAAGAAGGAGUGGGUCUGGCAGGAGGUGUGCAAACUGGCACUCUUCACAGAAGAGGAAAGGGAUUGUUAUGAGAAAAAACUGAUCGAACUAACCAAAGAUGACAUCACAUCCUACAAAAAGUGUCCUGACUGCAAUUUCCUUGUGCAGAGAAUGGAUCCAGAGAGCUUGUGUGUGGAGUGCCUGUCAUGUUCGAAUGCAAAAGGGAAACUCUAUCAGUUCUGCUGGGAAUGUAUGAGAGAGUGGAAAAAUCCAGCCUCCCGUAACAAAGAAUGCGGUAACAAAUCCUGCAGCAUCACCGCAAUGCUGCUGUCCUGUCCACUCAUCGAGGCCCCCAGCAUUGCGGUACACCAGUGCCCAGUGGUGAGGGCAUGUCCCAACUGCGAGACCUUAGUCUCUCACUGUCAGCAGGGCUGCCCACUAGUAACAUGUCCCAACUGUUUUUAUGAAUUCUGUUAUCGUUGCCUGGGCAUUGAAGGGUGUAAAUUUGCUGAAUUUGUCGAACUGAGGAUGAUGAUGAUGAUUACUCAGUUUAUGAAGAUCUUAAUGAUUUCUCAGAAUGUAUCAGAGCUGGAAGACAGAAAAUUACUGGCAAAGACAACUAUCAAAUUAAUCCAAACUUCAAACUGGAUGAGGAUUUGACAGAUAGUGAAGUGGAAGGUGAUGUUGAUUCUAGAUUCAGCUAACCCUACAGCAGUCAUGAUAUAAGGAAUGAGAGACUCAAUCUCGUUCUCCCAGUCAGGCUCUUCUGGUGUAAUGGUAGUGUCCCUACCUCUGAGUCAGCAGGCCAGUGUUCGAGUCCCACCUACUCCAGAGAUGUGUUAUACCAUCUCUGAGCAGGUUGAUUAAAAGUAUCCCCCCUCAUGAUGGUCAAGGCACAAGAAAAGCUGUGGGCAGAACAGCUUUGAGAUGAACUGAUUUAAACACUCCUUUUUACAAACGCUGGCAACCGGACCCUAACCAAUAAGACUGACAAGAUAAUGAAAAGCUAAAAAACUUUCAUGCAUUGCAACUCUCAAUCUUCAGCAUGCAUAGAUCGUACAAAUGAGUUUUAAGGUGUAUCAAUUAUUACGUCAGAGAUAGAUAACCCAUUUUACUGUAUCCUGCCUAUAGGUAUACACUUAAUCCACAUCAAAGUCUCUGCACUUUCAACAGCUUGAUAAUCCUCUGCCAUCUCUUGUAAAGCACCACAGGAAGAGAUUAGGGAAAAUGGCUUCCCUCAAAAGGGUUAUUAUGAAUGCUUAGAAUUCUUCCCCACAGAGAAUGCUUAAUUUUUGAAUAUAUGUAAGACUUGUCGGUCCCUCAAGGUAUCAAGCGAAAGCCCAAUAGUUAAAGCCCAAGAUUAACCAAUGAUCACAGUAUAAGCCACAGCAGGCUGAAUGGUCUGCUCUUACUGCUAUUUCUUGUAUUCUUAUUUAUUACAGUAAAGGCAAAGAGAAAUGCAAAUUUUGAACAAUGUUAUCCUGCUGUACAAUUUCAACACACUGAAGUAAACUUUAUAUUGGAGCUGG